AUGACCAAAUUUUGUAUCUUAUGUAAAAAGAAAUCAAUUACUGGUGAUACAUCACGAAGCUUUCACAGAUUUCCAGCAUGUAUAGAUUUAAGAGAAGAAUGGAUGAAAUGUUGCGGUUUGAAGUCAAUAGCCAAAACAGCAUGUAUUUGCAGUGAUCAUUUUCAUUUCACAGCAUUUAAUGAUGAACCUGGUGAACGAAAAAGGCUAAAAGUUAAUGCUGUGCCUUUCUACACUAAUGGUUAUAACUUGUUAAACAAUUUUAGUGAUAAUUCAGAAUAUGACUCAGCCAAUUCCAUGAUGAACGAAUCUGCAAGUGAGAUUUCUGCAGAGUCUGAAAAGCCGGUUCAAGAUAAUGUCGAAGUUAAAUUCCCGCCCUUCCCAGACCCUAAUGAUAAUGAUUUUGAUGAUGACAUUACCGAAGAAGAAAGGAAUCAUUACAAGGAUAAAUUUAAAGAUUUGAACACCAUUAAAACUCAGAGGUUGCAUUGUUCUGCUUGUGACCGACAUUUGGGAUGUGCUGCACGUAAUGAAAACCGUAUGCGAUCACACCCCAUGCUUCGAACUCUUGUUUGCCAUUCAUGCCAUACUUUUUAUAAUAGUGGAGAAUUCGAGAAAGGUGAUGAUGGUUCCGAGCUCUAUUGUCGAUGGUGUGGUCAAGGUGGUCAAGUUUAUUGCUGUUCUGAUUGCCCCCACGUAUUUUGUGCGAGAUGUAUCAGAAGAAACUUAGGGACACCAAAAAUAAAAGAAAUCGAACAAGCCGAUGAUUGGAAAUGUUUCAAAUGCAAUCCUAAGUGUUUGUGGGAUCUCCGUGCCAUCUGCUGGGCUGUUUUACGCUACUGUGAUCAAAAAAACAAAAUUGCAUACAACACUCAAGAUCCUGAAUUAAAAGAUGUAUAUCAAAAGGAUUGUGCACUAGAUUAUUCCGAAUGUUGUAAAAAUAAAAUAAAGAAAAAAGAACGCUUAGAUUCCAUUAAAAAGAAAGAUUCUGAAGUUUUAACAAAGAAGUCUACUGCAUCGAUAAUUUCAAAAAUAUCGCCAGCUAUUCAGGUCAAAAAAUUUGCCUCUAUUAAUCCAGAUGACAAGCCAGAAAAAAAAGCACAGAAAAGACCUGCAAGUCCAAGUCUAAAGUCAAAACCAAUAUUUUUAAAGAACCCAAUUGCAUUGUCUGGCCCAAAUGUUUUAAACCCUGUCAGCCUGUCCAAUGCUCAGCCUAAAAAAAUACGGAUGACACCUCCACCAAUCAUGAAUGCUAUUAGAUUUGGAAAUGAAAGAAAACCAAAUUCACUUCCAAUUCCUAGAUUCAGACCAAAACCUCAAGGAAUUCCAAUUCUUCCACAUCAACAGUACAAUGGCUUUAACAAUUCAAGCCCUGGCUUUAACAAUUUAAACCCUGGCUUUAACAAUUUAAACCCUGGCUUUAGUAAUUCAAACACUGGCUUUAACAAUUCAAACCCCUUCAGUAAUAUGGUUGCAAAUGACAACAUCAAUUUAUCACUGGAUAAUCUGACCCAGGGCUUAGAUAUGGCGGCUGUGGCAGCGAUGUCAAGCAAUAACACUUUAGACGAUGAUGUCGUUUGCACACCGGAUUUACCAUUGGAACCACUUUGCGAGGUGAUGGAAGACAACGUGGAUGACGAUGUUCAGUGUAUCACCCCAGGACCUGUUGCAGCUCCUAAAGUAAAUUCUGUACCACCUGUUGCGGCACGAAUUAGUAACACCUUGCCAGAUUUAACACCUGAUAAUAUUGUGCAGAUGACAGAGAAUGAUGUGACUGUCAAUGCUGCUACGGGUGGAUUGAAAUUCCGUGUAGAUCCUCAGACUUUGUCAUCUAACAAAAUGUAUCGAUUACCGGAUGGCCGGAUAUUUGCCAUUAACGCAAAUCCCACAAUGCCAGGUGGUUAUUCCGCAACGAUUGUAGCGGUUACUGAAAAUACACAGGGUAAAACUGCUCCCAAAGGCGCAACAUAUGCCGCAAAACUUAGUGCCGUUACUUUACCACGCUCCUCUUCGCCGCCCCCUUUGAGAACUUAUACUAACAAGGGUAAAUAUACAAGUUCAAAACGAAGUGCUCAAAAUACAGCCAAAUUUAAUAGAGGAACGGAGAAGCGAGAAUGUGACUUAAAUGUGCCCGUUGAAUGGUAUAGAUACAAUCUAAUUGAUGCUGUAGAUGCAUUAGAAUAUUCUUUAUCAAGGCUUCAUAAGUUAAAGAAGGAAGCUACAACUAUGUUUUUAAGAACACGAUCAAUAAAUGAAAUGCGAAAUUUACAUAAAACAUUAGAUCGAUUGUUAAACACAUCAGUAAGUAGAUUCAAUGAAGUAAGGGAGAAUAUCAAUAAAGAAAUGAAACAAUAUAUUGCCAAGAAAAUGGGCAUAGCUAAUAACACCAGUGAAGAAGAUGAUGACGUUGAAAUAUUGCCUGACUUGGAAGAUAAUGAUGAUCCUAUUUUCAUUGAUGAAAACUCCGUGGAGUCAAAUGUGCAAGAAAACCAAGAAGUUGAUUUGACUGGAGUUACCAGUGUGCAUAACAUUAGUUCCGAUAAAUCAAUAGAUAAACACGAUAGUGCUUCAAACAACGCCACCGAUUGUCACAACAUGGUAACUGAUGAAGUUAAUAAUGUCUCUACCGAUGAAAUAAAUAAUGUUUCUACUGAUGAAAUAAAUAAUGUUUCUUCUGAUGAAAUAAAUAAUGUUUCAACUGGUGUAACAAUAAGCAACUUUAGUGCUUUUAAUGAAGAUCUCAAAAGGCAAAAUAUCGAUAAAGGUGAGGAGAAUGAAGAAAGUAAAAAUGAACUGGAUACCAAUGUUAAUGAACCCGAAUGUCCAACCAAGAUAAAAGAAGUAAAAGGUAAUUCAGAAGUGCCUUCCACACAUGAAGACGAUAAUAAUAAAGAUAAAGAAGAUGAUGAUAUCAAUGAGAGUGUGAAUCAAAUUCAUUGUGAUGGAACAGUUCAAGAUUCUAAAGCAAGUGAAAUUGUUGAAGCUUUAGAAAAAAAUAACAGCGAUGAUAGCUUAAAAAACACAGAAGAUUUAAAGACAGCAGCAGUUAUAGAGAAACUUGAUGAUUCAUAA